GGCAGUCGGGGCGGCGGCGGCGGCGGCGCCCGCGUCCCCCCAUGGCAGCGGCGGGGCCCGCGCCUCCCGUUCGGCUCCGGGAGGGGGGGGUGCGGCACCGGGCCCCCCCGCGCAGCCUCACGGCGGCCACCGGGACAGCAACCGGCAGGUGAGACCCCAGAAUCCUUACGGAGUCGCUGUGUUGCCGUCCCCACCGCGAUGGCGUCACCGGCCGUCAGCCCGGAUUCCUCGUCCCAUGAAGCCCUCUCAUCAGUCAACUCUGCGCCGGCGUGUUCGCCCACCUCCGACUCGGAGAACCUCAGCCCGGAUGAGCUGGAGCUGCUGGCGAAGCUGGAGGAGCAGAACCGGCUGCUGGAGGCCGACUCCAAGUCGAUGCGCUCCAUGAAUGGCUCGCGAAGGAACAGCGGCUCCUCCUUGGUCUCCAGCUCCUCAGCCUCCUCCAACCUCAGCCACCUCGAGGAGGACACCUGGAUCCUCUGGGGCCGCAUCGUCAACGAGUGGGAUGAGUGGAGGAAGAAGAAGGAGAAGCUUCUGAAGGAGCUCAUCCGCAAAGGGAUCCCCCACCAUUUCCGUGCCAUCGUCUGGCAGCUGCUCUGCAGUGCCACCGACAUGCCCGUCAAAAACCAAUACUCGGAGCUGCUCAAGAUGUCCUCGCCCUGCGAGAAGCUCAUCCGACGGGACAUCGCCCGCACCUACCCGGAGCACGAGUUCUUCAAGGGACAGGACAGCCUGGGCCAGGAAGUGCUCUUCAACGUCAUGAAGGCCUAUUCGCUGGUGGACCGGGAGGUCGGAUACUGCCAGGGUAGCGCCUUCAUCGUGGGACUGCUGCUCAUGCAGAUGCCCGAAGAAGAGGCCUUCUGCGUGUUCGUCAGGCUGAUGCAGGAAUACCGCCUACGGGAGCUCUUCAAACCCAGCAUGGCCGAGCUGGGGCUCUGCAUCUACCAGUUCGAGUACCUCCUGCAGGAGCAGCUGCCGGAGCUGAACAUCCACUUCCGCUCACAGAGCUUCCUCACCUCCAUGUACGCCUCGUCCUGGUUCCUCACCCUCUUCCUCACGACCUUCCCUCUUCCGGUGGCCACGCGAGUCUUCGACAUCUUCAUGUACGAGGGGUUGGAGAUCGUCUUCCGCGUGGGAAUGGCUCUGCUGCAGUUCAACCAGGCUGAGCUCAUCCAGCUUGACAUGGAGGGCAUGUCCCAGUACUUCCAGAAGGUGAUCCCACACCAGUUCGACAGUUGUCCCGACAAACUCAUCCUCAAGGCCUUCCAGGUCAAGUACAACCCUAAGAAGAUGAAGAGGCUGGAGAAGGAGUACGCUGCCAUCAAGAACAAAGAGAUGGAGGAGCAGAUCGAGAUCAAGCGGCUCCGCACCGAGAACCGCCUGCUCAAACAGCGCAUCGAGACCCUCGAGAAGGAGAGCGCGGCUCUCGCCGAUCGCCUCAUUCAGGGCCAGGUGACACGGGCGCAGGAGGCCGAGGAGAACUACAUCAUCAAGCGGGAACUGGCGGUGGUGAAGCAACGCUGCACGUCGGCCACCGAGAACCUGCAGCGCGCCCAGACCACCAUCCGCCAGCUGCAGGACCAGCAGGGGAACCCGCGUUUCAGCGAGGAGUUUGUCACCCACCUGGAGACGGAGCUGGAGCAGUCGCGGCUGCGGGAGAGCGAGACGCUGGGCGCCCUCAAGGAGAUGCAGGAUAAGGUCCUCGACAUGGAGAAGCGGAACAGCCUGCUGCCGGACGAGGACAACGUGGUGCGGCUGCAGGAGGAGCUGCAGGCGCUGGCGCUGCGCGAGGCCGAGGCCGUCAAAUCGCUGACGGAGCUGCAGCAGCAGGUGAAGGACCUCAGCGAGAGCUGGCAGGCCGGCCGGGCAGGCGGACGCUGGAAGGAUUCUCCGCGCCGGAGCAACGUCAACGCUCUGCAGGAGGCCGUGGUGGCCGCGCGGCUACGGGAGGCGCAGGCCCAGGCCGAGCUGCGGGCGCUGCGCCAGCGGGUGCUGCAACUGGAGACACAGGGCCAGAUCCAGCGCACGGUGCUGGGCCGGGCGGAGCAGACGUGUGCGGGGCUGCGGGAGCAGCUGCGAGUGGCGGCGGCGCAGAGCAAAGGGCUGCAGGCGCAGCUCAGCGAGAGCCACCGCAAGCACGCCGAGGCCCAGUGCAAGAGCAAGGAGGAGGUGAUGGCGGUGCGGCUGCGGGAGGCCGACAGCAUGGCGGCCUUGGCUGAGAUGCGCCAGCGCGUCGCCGAGCUGGAGAUCCAGAGGGAGGAGGGGAGGAUCCAGGGGCAGCUCAACCACUCGGACGCCGCCCAGUACAUCCGACAGCUCAAGGACCACAUCGACGAGCUCAAGGCCGAGAUCCGGCUGCUGCGGGGGCCGUUGGCCUUCGGGGCGGUGGGACUGGGGACGCGCCUUGGGGACGAGGACUCGCUGGGCUCCUCCGAUGAGGAGCUGCCACCCUUCGCCCUGACCCACGGGGACAUCGGGGACCUCGGGGACAUGGGGGACAGCAGCGACAGCGAGACCGAGGGGGCACCCACGGCACCGUGACCCUCGGGGACAAUGGGGGACAGCGGUGACAGCGACACCGAGGGGGCACCCACGGCAUCGUGACCCUCGGGGACCUCGGGGACAAUGGGGGACAGCGGUGACAGCGACACCGAGGGGGCACCCACGGCACCGUGACCCUCGGGGACAAUGGGGGACAGCGGUGACAGUGAGACCGAGGGGGCACCCACGGCACCGUGACCCGCGGGGACCUCGGGGACAAUGGGGGACAGCGGUGACAGCGACACCAAGGGGGCACCCACGGCACCGUGACCCUCGGGGACAAUGGGGGACAGCAGUGACAGCGACACCAAGGGGGCACCCACGGCACCGUGACCCUCGGGGACAAUGGGGGACAGCAGUGACAGCGACACCAAGGGGGCACCCACGGCACCGUGACCCUCGGGGGCCUUGGGGACAAUGGGGGACAGCGGUGACAGCGAAGACCGAGGGGGCACCCACGGCACUGUGACCCUCGGGGACAAUGGGGGACAAUGGGGGACAGCAGUGACAGCGAAGACCGAGGGGACAUUGGGGACUUGCUGGCCCUGUGGCACCCUGAGGGUACCCAAGGGACACUGAGGGUGACAUUGGGGACACUGAGGGACACCCAGGGGACAUUGGAGGACACUAAGAGACACUGAGGGACACCCAGGGCAGGAUCCGGCCAUGGGGGGGCGAGGUCUUCAACCCGAGAGAUCCCAACACUGCUGGAUCCGGGAGAUCCCAGCACCGCUGGAUCCUGGAAUCCGGAGAUCCCGGCACCGAGAGAUCCUGGCACCGCUGGAUCCU